AUGGCGCCAUUACCAGGGAUGGAAACACUGGCUGCGCGAUUGUCAUCUUUCCAGACUGUAUUGCCAGCACCCAAACGGAGGGGAUCAAACAUUAGAGGCCAGAAAUCAAUAUCAUGGCCUCACCAAAGCCCUUCACCAGAGGAGCUUGCCGAAGCUGGUCUAUACUACAAUCCUUCUGCUUCUAGCCCAGAUAACACAACAUGCUUUUUGUGCGAAAGCCAACUUGCCGGAUGGGAAGAGGACGAUGAGCCCGCAGUGGAACAUUUGAAAUUGGCAAGUCAUUGUGGUUGGGCUAUCAUCAAGAAUGCUGGUCGACAUGGUAAUGAGAUAUCAACGAUGGAAGACCCUACACACGAGAGGUUGUUCGAGGCACGGAAGGCUACCUUUGGCAUUUCCUGGCCUCAUGAGCAUAAGCGUGGUUGGAUGUGUAAAACGGAGAGAAUGGCAGCAGCAGGGUGGCAUUUUGCCCCAACUCUUGAGUGCGAGGACUUUGUGAGCUGUGCUUACUGUAACCUAUCUUUGGAUGGCUGGGAACCAAAGGACUCUCCAUUUGACGAGCAUUACCGUCGUUCCCCGGGCUGCACCUUCUUCAUCUUCGCGGGAACAACUCCACCAAAGACUAAACGGGCUAAAAAAGCAAGGACGUCGAAAGCAUCACGGUUGUCCACACAAUCCAAUACGACAAACGCCUCACAGGCACAAAGCAUUCCCGACUUCAACGACUCCAUUGACGUCAGCAACAUAUCGCAAGAUUCGGUCCUUUCUGCAGUGUCGAUGGCGAGCAAGAAAGGAGCAAAAGGGAAGGGACGGCCCACUCGAGUGAAGAAGGCAGAAUCGAUCGAGGUAGUGAUAGUGAGAAAGGAGACAAAUGAAGGUGAUGUAAGAAACCCCGAUCCCGCGAGCCGGGGCAAGAAGAGGAAAAGUGAAGAAAUCGAUGAGGACCAUCGCAGCGGAAGAGAAAGCACGGUCAAACCAGAGCCUCUUCCGAAAAGGCGAGCGACAAGGGGUCGAAAUAGUGAAACACAACAAAUUGAUUAUCCUAUCCUUGAUGCUUCGGAAAAUGCUCAACAAGAACCCGUUCGUGGUGGCAGGAAGAGAGCAUCAUCCAGAUGCAGGAAGGUGUCAACAGCGUCAGCGGCCACAACAGCAUCUCUGAGAGCCCCUGUUGCCGAUGAUGCAGAGAUAGAGGCUGCACUAGAAGCUGACCUCGACAAACCCAUGCCUGAAUUACCUCCUGCAUCGUCAGAGGCCUCUAUGGAAGGGCCGAAACCAAAAGGUAAAGGGCGGGGAAAGAAGACAAACGCGUCGACUGCCCUUGCCCGUAGCACGAGGCAAGCGACCGCUGAAUUAGACAUCUCGCAGGGUCAGACUAUCAAAGCGGAAGAGCCUGUUCUAGUUUCAGAGGUGGAUACAGAGAGCAAAGCUGAUCUCAAGGGCAAGGGUGGAAAGGCACGCGUCACAAAGAAGACUAUCAACAAAAGGACCACGCCUCCAGGUCGGGACUCGCACGAAUCAACAGCAGCCCUUGCGACAAACGCAGAGUCUCAAUCGAACAGCUCCCUAAUCACCAUUCAAACAACGGCGGAUGAUUCGGGUCAUGAGACCGAUGCGAGUGUCGCUUCACAAAACUCUGUCGCAAGAAAGGGAAGCAGAAGGAAAGGAGCUGCAAAGACCAAGGGCAAGAAAAAAGGCUUGAUGAGCAAAAACAUUGAGGAUAUUGUUCAAACAAAACCAGGAUCUGAGUCAGUGGCUGAGCAGACCUCUACAGCAGAGGCUAACCCGAGCUCGAUCCUUGCUGAGAGGGAUCUGGAUGAAGACCCUGAUGCUGAAGAAGCGACCAAGCAGGACAAGCCCAAGAGAGCUACAAGAGCUACUAAAGGAAAGAAAGCGAAGGCAAAUACCACCGCCAAGGCGAAAACCAAACUUCCACAACUCAGCAUGCCAGGCAUGUUCUCUCCGUUGAUGGGUGAGAUGGAUCCUAGCUUUGAUUCCGUCCUCGCAAAUUCUUCGCCUCCAGUGGCUCCCAUCACAAGAUUUGGUCUCGGGGCCGAUGACCGCAUACCUUCAUCCCUUGCACAAGUGUCUUCGCCGAAGCUACCGGAGCUAGCAGAGGAUGAUACAGCGACGCCUGCCGACACGAAAUCAACAACAGCAGAGAGGCCGACUUCCACGCCGCAAAGGAACAAGAAUACAAACGAAGCCACCCCUUCUCCGUCUCCUCAGUCAUCCGAUGCAGAGAAUCAGCCCCCAAGCUCCAGACCGCCAUCAGCUAGGCCACCUCUAGCUUCUCUGUCGCCAGUGAAAGGAGCAAUCCAGCAUAUCCCACUUGCUCCAGGGACACCGAGACAAGUACCUCUCUCGCCCUCCAAGAUAGGAGGUCUCAAGUCGCGGAUGCCUUGGACAGCGGUGGAUGUUGAGAUGAUCUUUGCGCCAUCUCCGGACAAAGAAAAUCGCAAUAUAUUUGCUGGUAUACAGAAAGCGGAAUUGACGAGUCCGGAAAAGGGGAUGAGCGUAGAAGAAUGGGUCAGAUCACAGGCGAGUGGGGCGGAGGAGAACCUGAAAGCAGAAGCGGAAAGGAUUGUGAGCAUCUUUGAGAGGGAAGGUGGCCGGGCUUUGGGAGUACUGGAAGCUAUAGAUGUUAUGGAAUAG